AACCAAAACAACCAUGGGUGAUUUUUUGACAGCUGUAUCGACUGUUUCUCUAAGAUCAAGGCCAGCUGCUAAGAACCUUGUCGUCGAGGAGAGUGUUCCGGAAAGCUCUCAACCCCGUAUACGCAACUCGCCCACUUCGCCUGAAGAAGUACUACAGAUUCUACGUUCGAGUCCCGAUGCAGAUGCCAUCGAGGACCUGCUUUUGUUCUUGAACCAACCCUCGCAGAAGUCCGCUGGGUUUGACAUCAAGACACCUACUGCUUCUUCCGCCAAAGUAGUGAACGAACUCAUAAACACAACUCUUACGGACUUCUGGGACAGCUCUGAUCAAACAAAUCGUUUGAUUAUAGACUGUCUGAGGAGUGUAGCUGGCAUUGGUGCAGUACUUGCAAAACUCCGCAUCUUGGUAUCUCAGCACGAAUCAACUCGGCAAGGUGUAAAGAAAUCGGAUACGACAACGCCAUUAUCAGACCUGAUAUCAGUCUUCUCACAGCUACUAAACUCCAAUGACUUGGCUCAAACUAUCUAUGCCGACAUUGACAGACUUGUCGACAGUCAGGCAAAGCGAACACUUCUGUGGAAAGAGUACCUCGCACUCGUAGGGACCGGAAAGAUCAUCGCUUCUGUGGCACAAGCAGAAGACACAGUCAAGUCUGCUGGAGGGCAAGACAAUUCAUCAUGGCUCUCAGAUGGUUCGAAGUAUUCUGCGUGGAUGGGACGCAAUGUCUCCAACAUGAUACAUCAAGCAGGAAAUAACCCCAAGGCAUGUAAGGCUACAGCUCAGCUUUGCGGUAAAGCUCUUGGUAUUGGCUAUCCAGUUCGAGUUGUUGAGGAGAUCCACACGCUCUCUACAUUUGCUUCGCCAGACGGACUUCCGCUACUUCAGUCGUUGCUGCAGAACCUACAGGUGCACGAACAGCGGCAAGUCCUAGACCAGACUUUGAAGAUUUUGUCAAAUCGAUGCCUGCCUCUAUUGUCGGCUCCUGAUUUUGACGAGCCCUUGAAUGAAUCAUCUACCACAAUUGCUGCGACCUCCGCUACAAUUACUGGUAUGGUAGGAAAUAGCGAUGCCAUGAGAGCACAUCUUGAAACAUGGUUAUCCGAUCCUGUACUAAAUGCCUCAGAGUCUUUCAGCAUACGAAGGGCGGCUGUUUCUGCAUUCGUUCACUCCACCAAAGGCUCGGCAAACAUGCUCGAAGAUCCAGUUCAAGACCUCAUGGAGAAGACCAUGAAACGCUUCGGCGAUAACCUCUUCGUCAAGCAUUCUCCAAUCUUGCAACAAGAAGCCUGCGCGCAAAUUUUGCUCUUAGUCGCAGGAUAUGCACAUAGAGCGCAGCCGAUGUCACUGUUUAUCAUGGCCCGUUCGAGUGCACAUCUAAAUGGCAUGUCAAACCGUCUGAACUCAUCCUCGCCAAAGGCCCGAUUCCUCGGAAUGGUCGUUGGUAUGGCUAUAUCAGACCUCGUGGACAAGUCUGGAUCCAAGAUGAACUUCGAUAUCGAUGACAUGAAGACGCCCGAAGGAAAGUGGUAUCAGCAUCUCGUCAGAGUCAACGACAAAGUCGGCAACUACACCGACAUCAAGAACGUCUUCGGCAACGAGACCACAAACUCUCUUACGAAGAGCUCACAGACAAACAAGUCGCCCGCCUCGAGAAAGAAGCCGGUUCCGUCAAAACCAAAGCCUAAGCCUAUGAUCCAAGAAGAGCCUCGAGGAUCCAGGAUCAUGGAGGUGUUGGACGACUCUGAGGAAGACGAUGAUCUUGUGCCUUACGCUAAGCCAGACUCUGAUCCCGAAGAUGAGGACGAAGAUCCAACUAUGAUUAAUCGUGACAAGCCAAAGGCUCCUGUGUACAUCCGGGAUCUAAUGGCUGGUCUCAACGACUCGGAAAACUACGAUCGACAUAGCCUAGCCGUCAAGAAUGCCGCUGCUCUGAUACGUCGUAAAGCUUCGUUCGGCAAGGAAGUCAGCGACCAUGCACUCGAACUCGCCUCGAUCUUGGUUGGACUCGGCGACACUUUCGACAUGGAAGAUUUCCUUGAGCUUCGCUUGCAAGCGCUUAUUGCAGUGCUUGUAUCCAAUCCAUCGCAAAUGGCACCGUGGUUCGCGCGUCAAGUAUUUGACGGUGAUUAUUCAUUGAGUCAGCGUACUACCAUCCUGAGCGUCUUAGGUCUGGGCGCUCGAGAGCUGGCAGGCUACAAGGAUGAAGACGAAGACCUGAACCCUAAGAUUGCAGCCACAGCCUUCCCCAGCAAACAGCUUCCAGAAAGACUGCACAAAUUGUAUGCCGCCGAGCGAAACGCACCACUCACACGAAUUGCCUCGGGUCUGGAGCGAGCUAUGAUCCAGCCGAUGGCCCUUGACGCAGCUGACAAAAUGUCCGGACCCAACAUUUUGAAGGUCAGAACAUUCUCAUCGCGUAUGGAAGUCGAAAAGAGGAAGAAGGUCAUACCUAACGCACUGGCCAAGAUUGUUGCAGAGGGCUUCUUCUUCCCUCUGACAGGACGUUGGUGGCAGAACCUGCAAGCAUAUGGAGCAGAGAACGUGCACUUCCAGCCAUUCUUGCUCAGCACGUAUCUCAAGACAUUGUCGCUCAUCUUGCAUGCAGCAGGAUCAGGAACCAUCAGUCUUCCGCAGAUGACAGCAGAGUUCUGGGAACUGAUCUUGAGUGUCAGAACGAAUGCGUUGGCUGAUGUCAGUGUUUUGGAAGCAGUCCUCUUCGCAACUCUGACACUUCUGGACAUGAAUGAAGAUAAACGUAGACUGGCAGAGGAGCACUCGAAACAGUUGAUCGAGACUCAGGAGUGGGUUGAACUCGUCUUUGACAGAGUUGGUGGAGGAGACGAGGAGGGCGAGAGGAUCCGCAUGCUUGCAGCAAGCGUUUUGAUGAAAACCAGAGAAGUGGUAGAGAAGUACCAACGCUUGAUGGUUGGAGAUUUAGUAGACUACUAGGAUAAUAGAGUGAAUUAUACUGGUCAGAAAGCAGUCAAUGCCGU